AUGGAUGUUGCUGCAUGUGAGAAAAACCUUACCGGAUGCCUUACUAGUCUUGGUCUAAAACUUUGUGAUGCUGACAAAGAUAUUUGUUUAGAACAUGGCUUAUGUAUUAUAUCAAUUGUUCCUAGUCCUAUCUUAAGGUGUAUUUGUUAUCCAUAUUAUUAUGGUGAUACUUGUGAAAAGGAAAUAUUCUCAAGAAAUCUUUGGUUUUUAGGUCAACCAUCACGAACAACAGAAAUGCUUUUUGUUGCAAAAUUUUGUCUGCUUCUUUUCUGUAUUAUUCGAAUAAUCAAUUGUAUUCUCUGUCUACAAACAUAUUUCUCUAGCCAACAAAUACGUAUUACAAAUAUUGGUGUCUAUCUAAUUUUUAAUUCAAUUAUUUCACUUUUACUUUCACUUGAAGAAUUUGUUGCAGCAAUUCUACUAUGGUUCAUAAAACAGUUACCAGAAAGUUAUUUGCCAAUUGUUGUUUAA